GAAUAGAACAAUUAUUUUUGUUUUUUUGUUUUACAAAUUGUUACCAGAAAAUUAAAUGGACCGUCUCUCCAACGCCUUUUCCCUUCUUGCCUUGGCCGACGAAGAUGGUCAGACGCCGGCUCCGGCGACCCCGUCAUCUCCGGCCACCACUGCUUCAUCAUCGUCUUCAUCCUUGCCUGGAAACCAAGGAGCGAAAGUUAACGGUCCGCUUGAGCUUGGAGAAUUCAAGCAACCGCUUGUCUGGAUUGACUUGGAAAUGACUGGUCUAAAUAUUGAAGCCGACAGGAUAUUGGAGAUCGCUUGUAUCGUUACUGAUGGAAAAUUAACCAAAUCAGUGGAGGGUCCAGAUUUGGUAAUACAUCAAACCAAAUGCUGUCUAGAUAGGAUGGGUGAGUGGUGUCAAACACAUCACGGUGCUAGUGGGUUGACAGAGGAAGUGCUUCAGAGUACAAUAAGCGAAAUGGAGGCUGAAAAGCAGGUCAUCGAAUUCGUAAAGAAGCAUGUAGGAGGUUCAGAGACUCCACUUUUAGCCGGAAACUCGGUUUAUGUGGAUUUCCAAUUCUUGAAGAAAUACAUGCCAGAUUUAGCUGCCCUUUUCCCUCAUGUACUCGUCGAUGUCAGUAGCGUCAAAGCUUUAUGCAAACGUUGGUACCCACAAGAUCGAAGGAUGAAACCAGCAAAGGAAAACAAACACAGAGCCAUGGAUGAUAUAAGAGGAAGCAUCAAGGAGCUCAAGUUCUACAAGGAAAAUAUAUUCAAAGCAAGCAAGUCAAGGAGAUGAGUUCCUUGCAUAUGUCUUUGUUACAGGACCGUCUCCUUUGCAAGACCCUUCGGGUUCCAAAGGUGAUGGAGAUUGGAAUUCUACUUCUAAGAACCCGGAAGGAAUUCUAUUGAGAGUCUGAAAAAAGAAGAAGAAAAUCAGGGUUAUUUAUACUUUAUUGUAAAUUUUCAAAAUACCCUUAUUUACUUGAACCGAUUUAACUGGUUUUAAUUCCCCUAAACCAGUGGGGUUUUCUAUCAUUACUUUUGCAGAUUCUAAAGCCAGAGUGGAGUUUGAAAGUACCCUGUAGGACAAGUCUUGUGAAGCUAGAACCCUAACUUCGAGUGCAGACACACCAAUUGAGGUGUGUCUGAACAUUGCUUGAGAAGAAAGUACAGUUGAAAUCUAAACCAUUCGUAGUC